UUCAUCAUGUCUUUUGGAGGUCUUCUUCUCCUGCUGGGACUCCUCACUCUCUGGGCAGAGCUGACCCCCGUCUCCGGCCGGUACCGUCCAAGGUUUUGUUAUCUUCCUGCUAAACCCGGACCAUGUCAAGCCUUUAUACCUCGCUUCUACUACAACCCAACUUCAAAUAAAUGUCAAAAGUUUAUUUAUGGUGGAUGCGGUGGGAAUGACAACAAUUUUGGGACCAGAGAUCAAUGUCACUACACCUGUGUCAAAAAACCAGGGAUGUGCCCCAAAGCCCCUCCAGGAACGAUGACUAUUUGUCUCGUGAAGUGUGGAAGUGACUGGCAGUGUGAGGGGAAACAGAAGUGUUGCCCUUAUGCUUGCCUGGUUGACUGCAUGGACCCUGUCUAAGAAUCACCGAGGAGGAGACUCACCCAAAUUAUGCCCAGUGCACCAAUAUCACCCAAAGACUCUUCUUCUAUGCUGGGUCAUC